CUUUAGCCAUGUAUCUGAUCUUAUCGCCGAUGAAUUAUAUAUGUUUUACACAUAUAUCUUUUCCGCUUUUAUGCGCCUGAUUGCACAAUAUCUUAAUAAUUUUUGAUUUUUUGAGUGAAAAAUAAGUGGGAAAAUGAGUAAUAAGGGAGAGUUUUCAAGUAAGAAGGGCUCGAAGAACGAAGAUCUUCUCACUCGCUACAUAGGCGGCUACACACAAAACAACAAUGAGUGCUUCAACUCAAUUAUUUGGUCGAUCGCUCCAAAAGCAAGUUCAAGUGGGAAACAUGUACUUGAUAUUGCAACUGAUAUUGUUGUAUAUAUUUACAACGAUGGAUUAUCAAGUAUUAUGCAGAUUAUGGCAGUCCUAGGUAUGACAAUUGGACCAAAUUGUUAUAAUUUCUGUCAAGAAGCUGACGCUCGCCGAAUCAAAUAUUCGGAGCUAUCGAUGAGUGAGGCUGCAAAAGAGGCAACAUUAACUUUAAAAUCGAUCCGAAAGGAAGAGGAGGAGAAGAAUAUGAAUCUAGAAGAUCAAUUAUACGGUGCAGGCAUUGCAAAUUAAAGGUAUAUCAACAAUUUCUUAUAUUGAAUGAUAACUGAAACUUUAAACGCGUUUUUCUCGAAAUCACUUUUUUCGAACUGACCGGAAACAUAACUCAAAAAGUUUUUAACCGAUUUACUUGAAAUUUGAUAUGCAGCGUAAUACCUUAUCUCAGGGAACUAUGUAGGGAUUUUGUGAUAUGUUGAAAAUUUUUUUUUUUAUUAACAAUUUUGUACGCGAUUUUUUGCGAAAAAAUGGAACUUUUUGUUCAAAUGCGCGCCAUUUUAAAAAAAAUUAACAUUUUUUAAAUCCCUUACGUAGU